AUGGAAAAAGCUAAUCAGACCUCCCCAGUGGGGUUCAUUCUCCUGGGCCUCUCAGCCCACCCAAGGCUGGAGAAAACAUUCUUUGUGCUCAUCCUGCCCAUGUACCUGGUGACCCUGCUGGGCAACGGGGUCCUCAUCCUGGUGACCAUCCUUGACUCCCGCCUACACAAGCCCAUGUACUUCUUCCUGAGGAACCUCUCCUUGCUGGACAUCUGCUACACAGCCUCCUCAGUCCCUCUGGUCCUGGAUGGCUUCCUGGCCCCCCAGGAAACCAUCUCUUUCUCCACCUGUGCCGUGCAGAUGUUCCUCUCCUUUGCCAUGGCAGGGACAGAGUGUGUGCUCCUGAGCAUGAUGGCGUUUGACCACUACAUGGCCACUUGCAACCCCCUUAGAUACCCUGCGGUCAUGAGCAAGGCUGCCUAUGUGCCCAUGGCUGCCGGCUCCCGGGCUAUUGGUGGUGCUGCUUCUCUGGUACACACAUCCUUGGCAAUUCUGCUGCCCCUCUGUGGGGACAACAUCAUCAACCACUUCACCUGUGAGAUCCUGGCUGUCCUGAAGUUGGCCUGUGCUGGCAUCUCCAUCAAUGUGAUCAGCAUGGGCGUGACCAAUGUGAUCUUCCUGGGGGUCCCAGUUCUGUUCAUCUCUGCCUCUUAUGUCUUCAUCAUUGCUACCAUCCUGAGGAUCCCCUCAGCUGAGAGGAGGAAAAAGGCCUUCUCCACCUGCUCUGCCCACCUCACUGUGGUGAUAAUAUUCUAUGGGACCUUAUUUUUCAUGUAUGGGAAGCCCAAGUCUAAGCACCCCCUGGGGGUAGACAAAGAGGAUCUUUCAGACAAGCUCAUCCCCCUCUUCUAUGGGGUGGUGACCCCCAUGCUCAACCCCAUCAUCUACAGCCUGAGGAACAAGGAUGUGAAGGCCGCUGUGAGGAAACUGGUGAGUCAGAAAUUCUGGAAAAAAAAAUAG